AUGGGCUCUCCUGUCCCUCCGGAGGCUCCUUUUACAUAUGCCUAUCUAGUCAGGUUCGCUUUCUUGGGUGUUGUGAAACGGAUCCAUGCUCCAACGGAGGCCAGUGUCUACUUGGCGAGCUCCGCCCAGCCAGCUACGUCAGCUAUCCAGGUCAUCAUCAGAAUUGCGUCGCCCCUCAUGAUGAACUGUUUACAGAACCCAUGCGAUCAAGGUUGUCCGGAUUGGGAUCUAAUUCCUGCACGACUCGACGACGACGAGAACAUCGCAGCACCAUUUCUUCCUUCGCCGCGUAAUUCUUCAGCGGAAACGGGACGCAUAGUCGGAUUUAGUAUAAUGGGCGUAGUUAUACUUCUCUCAAUCCUUGGGGUCAUAUUCUGGAGGAGAAAGAUAAGGAGAAAGAUAAUGAAUGUAUGGGAGUCUUAUAUUAGGAGAUACCGCCGCUCUAAUGAUUAUCAAAGCAACGAGGCGCGUGAUGAUUUGCAACCAGAAAAUUUAGAUCACGGCUCGUCUAGACCAGGGUCGGAGCCAUCGUCGACCACCUCCAGUGGCACCGCUCGUACAUACGAAACGAAUGGGCCGCUCGAAGUUGUGAACAAGUAA